AUGGUAAGAAGUGCUCAUAUUUUCGAGAUACUGUUUGGCAGAAGACUACGUCGAACACAUGAUGGAACCACAAUGGCUUGCUGUGAAGCCAGCGUUCAUCAUGCAGUUAUCGUCAUUUUCCUCGAAUAUUUCGCCUGGGGAUUACUUACCGUACCAGUUAUUAAUGUGCUAGCUGAUACCUUCCCUACAAAUAAAUUUUUAAUGAAUGGUGUGAUUCUUGGCAUUAAAGGUCUGCUCUCAUUUCUAAGUGCGCCGUUGCUUGGUGCGAUAUCGGACAAGUGGGGACGCAAAUCUUUUUUGCUGCUUACUGUAUUUUUCACAUGCAUGCCUAUACCGUGCCUUAAAAUUAGUCCAUGGUGGUACUUUUCUUUGUUUUCAAUUAGUGGUCUAUUUUCGAUAACAUUCAGUGUUGCACUUGCAUAUGUAGCCGAUAUCACCGAUAAAGCCGAUCGUUCAACUGCAUAUGGACUCAUUUCUGCCACAUUUGCAGCAUCUUUAAUUACGUCACCAGCACUUGGAGCAUGGAUUUCAGAUUCUUGGGGUGAUAAUAACGUCGUUUUACUUGCUACAAUAAUUGCAAGUCUGGAUGUGUUAUUUAUAUUACUGGUAGUGCCAGAAUCAUUACCUUCCCGUAACCGUCGAGUAGUAGAUGCAUUUCGUUGGCAGAGAGCGGAUCCGUUUGCAACAUUACGAAUUGUUUGGGAGGACCGUUUGGUACUUCAGUUGGCUACUAUUAUUUUUUUAAGCUAUCUUCCAGAAGCUGGUCAAUUUUCAUGUUUUUUCGUAUAUCUAAAACUUGUCAUUGGUUUCACUCCGGAAGCAGUAGCCGUUUUCAUCGGAAUUGUUGGUAUAUUAUCUGUUGUUACUCAGACAGGCAUACUUUUCCUUCUUACUAGUACUGUUGGCACAAAGUAUACAAUAACUCUUGGCCUAUCUUUUCAAUUUGCUCAAUUACUAUGGUAUGGUUUGGGUACGAAAUGUUGGAUGAUGUGGGCUGCAGGUGUGUUAGUGGCGAUGAGUCAGUUGAUUUAUCCAUCAAUUAGUGCAUUUGUUAGCAUACACAGCGAUCGUGAUAAGCAAGGGACUGUACAGGGUGUUAUUACUGGUGUUCGUGGAUUAUGUCAAGGCUUGGGUCCAGCCCUAUUCGGUUUUAUAUUUUAUUUGUUUGACAUGGAUUUAAAUGUGGAUAAUGAUGGUACGGGUCAUAUUGGAAUACCCCCUUUUCCGGCGCCUCGAAUACGAAUUCAGCCAAUCAUUUCACCACGUCGAAAUGCAACUUCCAUUGAGAAGCCGGCAUUUAAUUGGAAGUUAAUCCCAGGGCCGCCAUUUUUUUUUGGAUCGUUAAUGGUGCUACUCGCCUUAUUUGUGAAUUCAUCACUGCCAAGGGUAACGUCUGUGAAUACACGAUUCUUCCGACGCCCAAGCACUACACAUAGUCGACAGUCAUCAGAUGAUGCUUCUCAUUUACUUCAGAGCUCAUAA